CAUAAAAGAUUUAAUAAAGUACAUUUAAUCUGAAGGCCUAAAAUGGAAUGAGGAGAUGGUAUCAUGACUCCCUGGAUGAACUUUUCUUUUGGAAGAACUGGUUUCUUACAGUAUUUUCCUUCCAGUGUCUGAGCUGAGGCUGGUUCUGAUGGGGAACAGCUGGUCUGAGAGGAGUUCUGUGGGGAACAUCAUACUGCAAAAGACUGCAUUCAACACAAAGGAGGAAUCUGGCUGCUGUGUGCGAGUAGAAGGAACGUUAAAGCAGGAAGCAGUAGUUCUCGUCAACACUCCAGACCUGCUGCAUCCAAACAUCUCUGAGCACAAACUGACAACGUUCAUAGAAAACCUUGCAAGUCUUUCUGCUCCUGGACCACAUGUGAUCCUGUUGGUUCUGCAGUGUAAAAACUUCACUGAGGACCAAAAACAGAGACUUUACAGGGUCCUUCAGCUCUUCAGUGAUGAACCAUUUCAUCACAUACUGGUACUGAAAGCAGCACUCAGACCUGUCCGACUGUUUUUACCGUUAGCGGACUUGAUUAGAAGAUGUCGGUAUCAGUCACUGAACCUGAAACACCUUGAAUUGUCUGAGUUACUGAGAAAAAUUAACCAAAUUAUAGAGAGUAACAACGGAAAACAUCUAAGUGCAAAACCCACAAGAGCAGAUGCUUCUGCCUUGGAUUGUUCUGCAUCUACUGGUAAGUGCAGGAGAUGUUGACUUUUACUGUAUGCAGAUGCAAAUGACUAGUUUGUGUUUCAGAACAAGUGGUUCCAUGACGUUUGCUCCAUAUGUAUAUACUGACAUAAAGUUUUAUGUUUGAUGUUUUAUAGGUCAUGGAUUCAAGAUUUUGCUGGUUGGAAAAAGUGAAGACAAAAAACGUAAACUUUCUAAUUGUAUAAUGAAGAGAGGUUUUUCAUUUCUUAAGCAACAGAUUGAGGUCGGAGAGUGGAGAGAACAACCAGUAACAGUAGUAAAAACUCAGGACAUCUUCAGUCUGUCAGUGAAAGCACUGAGACAAAACAUCAGGAACUGUGUGGAUCGAUGCCAUCCAGGACCAAACGUUCUGCUGCUCAUGGUCAAACCAUCUGAUUUCACUGAGGAGAACAGAAGAACACUGAGGUUCGUUCUGAGUUUGUUUGAUCAAGAUGCUUUUAAACAUUCUCUAGUCGUCACCACACAUGAUGGGAAGGAAUCAAGCUCCUCUGUAACUAAGCUUCUUCAGGAAUGUGGAGGACGACAGUACAACAUGUUUGACAAUGACCAUCAACAGCUGAUGGAGCUGAUCCAGAACAUUGUGAAUCAAAACAAAAGAUCAUUUCUCAAGUUAACAGAUGAAGAGUCCAGAGGACCAGAACCUGAACCCAUCAGACCGGUUCUGAACCUUGUUCUGCUGGGUAGCAGAACUAGGUCAGCAGCCGAGGCCAUUCUGGGUCAGACUGAGCUGGGUUCAGCCUCCAGCUCCUCCCAGUGUGUUAAACAUCAGGGAGAGGUGUGUGGACGUUGGGUUUCUCUGGUGGAGCUGCCUGCGUUGUCUGAAAAAGCUCCAGAGACAGUGAUGGAGGAGUCGUUCAGCUGCCUCUCCCUCUGUGACCCUGAGGGCGUCCAUGCCUUCCUCCUGGUCCUGCCUGUGGCUCCGCUCACUGAUGAAGACAAGGCAGAGAUAGAGAGCCUCCAGAACACGUUCAGCUCUGGAGUCAACGCCUUCACCGUGAUCCUGUUCACUGUGGACUCAGAUCCUACAAGUCCAGCUGUUGUAGACUUUGUCAGAGGGAACAGAGACCUCCAGGAGCUGAGUCAGAGAUGUGGAGGAAGAUGCUUUAUUCUCAACCUCAGGGACAAGCAGCAGAUCCCUGAUCUGCUGGAAGCUGUGGAGAAGAUGACAGUUAAAGGACCCGGAUGCUUCACCAAGGACGCGUUCACCAGAGCUCAGAUAGAAAAGGUCAUUAGACUUAAAGGAGAAUUACAGAAUGUGAGACUGAGCAGAGAGACUGAGAUUAAUGAUGAAAAUCAGAACAGAGAUCUCAGGAUGGUUCUGAUUGGAAAAACCGGCAGUGGGAAGAGUGCGACUGGAAACAUGAUCUUGGGCAGAAACAAGUUUUCCUCCAGAGCCUCUCAGAGGUCAGUGACCAGAUUUUGCCAGAAGGCUUCAGGACAGAUUAAUGGACGACGCGUCACUGUGGUCGACACUCCUGGUUUGUUUGACACAACGCUCUCUGCUGGUGAGGUUGAACGGGAGCUUGUAACGUGCAUCAACAUGUUGUCUCCUGGACCUCAUGUGUUCCUACUGGUUCUGCCGAUCGGUCGGUUUACAGAAGAAGAAAAAGUAGGCGUGGAAAUGAUUAAGAGGAUAUUUGGUAAAAAGUCAGAGAAGUUCAUCAUUGUUACCUUCACCAGAGGAGAUGAUCUAGAAGGUACAUCGAUCAAAACCUACAUUGAAAAUGAUUGUGCUGACUUUGUUAAAUGCCUAAUAAGAGACUGUGGAGGUAGAUUACACGUGUUCAACAACAAAGACAAAACAAACCGCACACAAGUCACUGAGCUGCUGAACAAGGUUGAUGUGAUGGUGAAGGAAAACGGUGGCGGCUGCUACAACACAGAGAUGUUCCAAGAAGCUGAAGCAGCCAUACAACGAGCAGUGGAGAGAAUACUGAAGGAGAAGGAGGAAGAAAUGCAGAAAGAGAGAGAGGAGCUGGAACGGAAACAUGAGGAAGAGAUGAACAAUAUAAAAAGAAACAUGGAAGAACAAAUAUCCAAAAUGGAAACAGAGAAAGAACUGAUUGAAAAUCAGUUAAAGGAAAAGGAGGAAAAAAUUAAGAGGGAGCACGAGGAGAGAGAGAGAGAACGAGAAAGGAGGGAAGAGGAAGAUAAAAAGAGACAAGAAGAGGAAGAGGUUCAGCAGCAGGAGUGGGAACAAAAACUUAAAACAUUAGAAAAACAAAUAUCAGAGUCACAGUCAAAGGAUGAACUGAUCAGAGAACUGGAGAACGACAGAGAACAGCUGAUGAGAGAGAGAGAAGCCUGGGAGGAGGAAAGGACGGAGUGGUGGGAAAACAGAAAAGAAGAAAAGAUGAAGAGAAAAAAGAAGGAAAAUAAAAGAAUUAAGAAGCUGAAGGAGGAAUAUGAAGAGCAAAGAGAGAAAUAUCAAGAUGUGAUAAAAGGUUGCAUCAGGAUAGAACAAAGUGAAAGAGAGAAGAACAUAUUGGAAAUCAGCUACAAGAAGAAACUGAAGGAAAUGAAAGAGAAAUAUGAGGAAGAUGCCAGAACUCAAGCUGAAGAAAUGAACGAGUUCAGACAGAAAUACACCAAAGACUUUGAAUCUCUGAGAGAAAAAUAUGCUGAAGAACUGAAGGACAUGAGGCAAAAACAUGAGAAUUUAAUGAAAGAGAAAGAAGACGACCAAAGAGAGUACAAGCUACUGCAUCAGCUGUCUGCUCACAAAGAGGACCAGCUGAGAGUGGAAAUGGAGGAACAGAGGAACAAACAGGAGGAAGAAAUGAACACAUUGAGAAAGAAAUACAAGAACAAGUGCACCACUUCCUGAGGAGCCUCAUCAGAUCAGACAGUCACUCACCUCUUUAAUGCUACGGACCAGAACCAUCACAGCAGAACAUUAACAACAGAUGGAUUCACUGU